AUGACGGUAGCAGCGGGAAUCGGUUACGCUCUGGUAGCGUUAGGACCCUCUCUCUCCCUCUUCAUUUCCGUCAUUUCCAAAAAGCCCUUCCUCAUUCUCACUGUUCUCUCCAGUACACUCUUGUGGCUUAUCAGUUUGAUUGUGCUAUCUGGAAUAUGGAGGGGGUUUUUGCCCCUAAAUACAACAGCUUGGUGGCCUUUUGGAAUUCUAAUAUUCUCAUCUGUUACUUUUCAAGAAGGCCUCAGGCUUUUCUUCUGGAAAAUAUACAAGAGAUUAGAAGAUAUGUUAGAUGCCUUUGCUGACAGAGUAUCAAAACCACAUCUUCUCCUCACAGAUAAGAUGCUGAUUGCUCUGGCUGGUGGGUUGGGUCACGGUGUUGCCCAUGCUGUGUUCUUCUGCAUCAGUCUAUUAACUCCUGCAUUUGGUCCAGCAACAUAUUUUGUUGACAGGUGUUCAAAAGUUCCAUUUUUCCUUCUUUCUGCGAUUAUUGCUCUUGCAUUUGUCACAAUCCACACUUUCUCAAUGGUCAUCGCAUUUAAUGGGUACACAGAGGGGAACAAAUUGGAUCGAUAUUUUGUUCCCAUUGUUCACCUUGUUGCAGGAAUGGUGACUCUGGUGAAUCUGGCGCCUGGUGGUUGCACUGUUGGCAUUCCUCUUCUUUAUUUCAUUGCUAUCUUGACCUUGGUUCAUUGUGGGAGGAUGGUUUGGAGACGAUUGACGGAAAACCCAAUCAGGCCAGGUCUCUCAUAG